AUGGUCAAUCCGCAUCUUUCGCUGGGCAUUGCUCAAGCAGUCUUUUAUUUGCCAAUGCUCCCCUUGACCAUCUGGUUGAUGAUCCGAAAUGGCAAAAUCCGACCACGAAUGGCCUGGUGGCCUCUUAUUCCUUUUACUCUCAUGCGACUCGCGGGCGGUCCUGUCAUUAUAGCCAUGGUGGCGAACAUGGAACAACACAACGGCGAACCAGAUAUUGGUCUUGCAGUCGCAGCCACCAUUCUGCUCAAUGUUGGCGUAAUUCCUCUAAUAGUUGCAGACCUAGGUCUCACAAGAAUCAUCCUGAUGGAUAACUUUGGAGAUGGCCCGUUUACGCACCGCAUCACGGUCGGCCUUCGACUCACCUUUGUCGCCGCCAUCGCACUCCUUGGUGCGGGCGGUGGCAUCGGUUCACAACCUGAUCCAGAUCUCGUCCACACCGGGCACAAUCUCGUACUCGCCGGCUACAUCGUUUUCGCCGCUGAGCUGGUGGCCCUCACCCUGAUGCAGGUCUACUAUCAUGCUCGUAAAUCUAGCCUUCGACCAAGCGGGCAUCAGGUUCUUCGCGGUGCCCUUCUCGCCAGCCCCUUCAUCAUGGUGCGUACCGUCUAUGGUCUCAUCGAGUCUGCCCACGCUCAAGAGACGGAGACUCUUUGGAAUCCCGUGUUUGGCUACCCCGCCGCUUCUUCGACCGUCUUGUUUGCCUUGAUGGCGUUGGUCAUGGAAUACAUCGCGCUCCUCAUCUACCUGUGGUCUGGCUUCUCAAUUGCACCGGAUCGUGGGCUGGGUGGAAGCAGAGAUGCGGGGCCAGUCCCAAAACCAUGA